UCACCUGUGCCUUCCUAUUUGCACUGCUUUGUAGCCUGAUUGAAUGUUUGAAAUCAGUGCCCGGCCAAAACCCCACAACUUUCCCUUAUCUGCCAAAGAUGAAAACACCCGGAGUUAUCUGCAGAAAAAAGCUACUUGUUAGCACUGAUACUAACCAGAGGAAAUUAAAACUAACACUCUGAGGAGCAGAAAAAGAAAGCCGUUUGGGAUUUUCCUGCCUCCUUUUGCUUUUGGUUUCACUUGACCAAGCAGCGUCCCGCUCACCACUCGUGUCUGCACGGAGCAGAGCGCUGCGUGUGCCGGCCCCAGCACCAUGCUGCCUGCCCACACCUCUGCCCACCAGCACAGCACUAUGGGAAGCUCAAGCAGCUGUUGUUCGGAGAAAGCAAGAGAGAUGAGAGAUUUCCUCCUACGAGAUGUCCUUCCUAAUUAUAAGAACAUCCUUGUGGAAGUAUCAGAGAACAGCAUUGAGGCUGGGGACAUAGUGCUUUUCAACAUGCAGUCCAGCAGCAAUGCUGCGUUCAGCUUCAAGCACGCGGUUGUCUACUGUGGGGACGGGGAGGUCAUCCACUUCCACAAUAUCAACAAUUCAAGUGCUGGGCUAAUAAGGAAGGAAGGAUUCCAGCUGAUGAGGCAGAAGAGGGGGAAAGGCAAGGUUCUCAGGAAAAAGGACGGGAUCAACCCUGAGACCUUCAACAGAAAAGUCAAGGAGCUGAUGAACAGCACAGCCAAGUACAAUUUAUUCGAGAACAACUGCAUCAACUUUGCUCUCUAUCUGCUGGAUCUGGGGGAUUUCAGCUUUCAGUCUCAAAAGAGCCUUGAAGAGGAACUUGAAAGUUUGAUUGCAAAGCUCAGCAAGAUCAUCUCAGAGGAUUCCAGAGUCUCAUUGCACAGCACAGAACUCCAGAGGAGACUUGUUCUCAUCAUUCAUCUUUCCACAUGUCUGCUUCUCUCAAAAGAUGACCGUUCUGAAGGCGUUGAAAAUAGAAUUACUUGUUAAUAAUAGUGCUUAUCUGGGUACAACAAUUCUUUUCAGCAACUUCUUGUACUGCUAAUAUCUAUAGCCAAAUAAUAGUAGCCAAGGUAAUGGUAUCUUAAGUAAUUAGAACGAAAAAUUUAAUCCUUCUUAUACUACUCAAUCUAUAUCCAAAUAGUAGCAUCCCAUGUAAUAGUAUGUCACAUAAUCGCAAUAAAAAAUAACAUCCCAAAUAAUA